CGGCAGUCCCGGUAGCCACCACAGAGCCGGGCUCCAAGCUUCUUCCCGCCGUCACCUGGUCCCGAGCCGCGUUAUUUCUCUCUCUAUCCAGCACCGCCUGGGGAGAUUGCAGCGAGGCCUGACUGAGGACCAGGCUGUGGCUUACGAAGGGCGACGCACGGCUGCUCGACGGACAGCCAGCCAGCCAAUGGGCGGGAUGUCACCGUCCCCUGCGCACCCGGCGAAACGCCAGCGCCAGGCCUCGCCAUCGGACAACAAUGAUGACUCGCCAGCGUCGGCCGCCGCCGUGAUCGGGGCCCUGGAAUCGCCCAGCGCCGCGACGGAGCAGUCUGACGGUGGCGGCGGCACGACGGGUGGCAAGCCUACCCCUUCGUCCGCGGGAGGAGGAGCAGCAGCAGUAGCAGGCGGCAGUAGCAGCAGUUUUCGCAACGUCAGCGCUUGCAACAGGUGCCGCCUGCGAAAGAACCGGUGCGACCAGAAGCUGCCGAGCUGCGCGAGCUGUGCAAAGGCCGGAGUAUCUUGUGUUGGCUAUGAUCCCAUCACGAAGCGGGAGAUCCCCAGAAGCUAUGUCUUUUACCUCGAGACUCGUGUUGAUCAGCUGGAGAAGUUGCUUGUGGCCAACAACAUCCAGGUCCCCUCGGCAGAUAGCUUGGAGCAUUGCUCGCGCCCAGCGGCACAGGCGGUGCUGGACAAGGUCAUGGCUGAUAUCUCCGAGCCCAUGGCGUCAGGGACCAACACUGAGAACACAGAAAUGUCAAGACCACAAACGCGCGACGGCGAGCACAUAAGACCGCCUGGCAAGCCGGCUGGCUCGAGGCAGAGUGGCAACAUGAGAUCGGUGGCGUCUACUAAUGGCAUCUCCUUCGCGCGGGUCGUUUUUGCCGCCGUGCAGUCUUCUGUUGGCGACCAGAAGUCGAGUUCGGACAAGACGGGCCCGCGGCCCUCCAGGCGCAGGGAGUCGGUUGCGCAACAACAGCAGCAGCAGCAGCAACAACAACAACAGCAACAGCCGGGCGGCACCUCGAUGCGAGACUCGUUCUUUGGCCUGCACACCCGGCCGACGAUCAACCCGGCCGAGUUCCCGGACCGGGAGCUCGCGAUCAAGCUCGUCAACCUGUACUUUGAGUACGCGAACCCUCAGAUCCCCGUGCUGCACCGCGGCGAGUUCAUGCAGAUGUUUGACCUCGCGUACUCGAAGGAGGAGGGCAGGGCGUGCGGCUCAAAGGAGCUGUACAUGCUCAACAUGGUCUUCGCAAUCGGCGGCGGCAUCAUCAUGGACGCCCAGGCGACAGCCUCGGGUAGUGGAGGGGCGCUCAAGAGGCAGGCACAGCCCGAGGAGUACCAUGCGAGCGCUAUUGUACAUCUCGAGGCGUGCCUGGGCAACAGUGGUGGCGGUCUCGAGGAGUUGCAGGCCGUGCUGCUGCUGGCAAAUUUCGCACUGCUGCGGCCUGUGCCCCCGGGCUUGUGGUACAUUGUUGGAGUAGCCGUGCGCCUGGCUGUUGACUUGGGCCUUCACUACGAGGACGGCAAGGACAUCGAGUUUGACUUGUCUAGCACCACGCCUUCAGCAUCCAAUGAGGCACGAGAGGCCCAGUUCCGCGAGAAGGGCAGGCGAGAGUUUGUGCGUGACCUGAGAAGACGUCUCUGGUGGUGCACGUACUCGUUCGACCGGCUCGUGAGCACAUGCGUCGGUCGCCCCUUUGGCGUGUCGGACCAGGUUAUUACCACCGAGUUCCCGUCUCUGCUGGACGACAAGUUCAUCACCCCACAGGGCUUCACCAGGAAGCCGGUCGAGGGCGAGCCGACGUACAAGGCUGUGGCGAAGCAUUACUUCCGCUUGCGGCUGCUGCAGUCCGAGAUUCUGCAGGUGCUUCAGUAUCAGCAGACGCAGAUUGCCCGCUUCAACGGGCAGAACGUCCGCAACGAGUACAUGCACACGAACCUCCCGUCGCCGUUUCUGGAGCGGUUCGAUUCAUUCCGCAGCUGGCGCCGGCAUAUUGACCAGCGCCUGUUUGAGUGGAAGGCGUCUGCGCCGUCCAAGGCGCAGUCUGGCGUGGCGUUCUCGCCCGAGUUCCUGGAGCUCAAUUACUGGCAGACCAUAAUCAUGUUGUACCGGCAGAGCCUGAGUGUGCCGUCAAUGUUUGAAGGGGAGUACAACACGUCCAAGGAAGUCAACAGUCCGUCCGUCUACACGGCUGAGCAGCGUGACGACGAGGAGAGAGUGUACCUCAAGGUGGCCGAGGCUGGACAGAAGAUUCUGCGACUGUACAGGCAGCUGCACUUGGUCGGACUGGUCAACUAUACCUAUCUCGCCACGCACCAUCUCUUUAUGGCGGGCAUUUCGUACCUCUAUGCCAUCUGGCACUCACCAAUUGUCAGGAGCCGUCUGACCAUGGAUGAGGUCGACUUUACGAUAUUAGCAGCCACGUCGGUCUUCACCGACCUCAUCGACAAGUGCCCUCCAGCAGAGGCCUGCCGAGAUGCCUUCGACCGGACGGCCAAGGCGACAAUCAGGAUGGCGCACUCCACUGGAGGCUUUGGUCAAGUACUUGUCCGGAAUCAGCAGCAGGGCUCGAGAAUGGGGGGUGCCGACAACGACUACAUGUCCGCCCGCGAUGCCUCCGCCAAUCGGAGGUGGCACCCUGCGCGGCGAUCUCUAGAAAAUGCAGCUGCCGGCGGGUUCCAACCCAAUGCGUACGGCUAUGCCAGCGCCGCCGCGGCCGCGCCCGCCUCGAGCACGCAGGAUCCGCCAAGCACGCCAUACCGGCACGCAGAUCCACGAGUGAAGACCGAGCAGGACGGUGGCUAUGGCGCGCUGCGAUCUCUGACGGCUGCUUCAUCGGGCGAAGGCAUGCUCGACGGUCAGUCCUCAGCGGCAUCUACGACAGCAGCCGGCAUGUCUGUCCACACGAACCUGGAUCCGGUGCUGAGCAGCGUGUCCCCCGCUGCCGGGCAAGUUGACUCGCCGAUAUCUGUCCGUAGCCUGACGCCGCGAUCCAACCAGACUGUCCCCCCACAGUAUGCGGCCAGUGAUGCUGGAUACGGCAUGCUGCAAUCACCAACCACGGCAGGGUACGGGAACGAGGCUGGGGGCGUGGCGUCCCUGUCUUACGCCGACCUGCAGGGGAUGGACUUCCUGCAGGAGCUUCACCAGCAGCAGCUGGACCAAGACCAGCAAGGGAUCGGGGCUGGUGGCGGGGGACUGCUGGGGUUUGAUGGCCAGGACAUGCAGAUGGAUGUCGGGCUGGGCAUGGGGUGGGAGGGCAUGCAUCACGACUUUAGCGACGGGCAGCAGGUCGAUCUUUUUGAUGGAUUCUUUUUUGGCGGCCAGCAAGGCGGCAGCGGCAAUGGCUGAUAGGACGACAUCUGGCUAUACGUGUACAUGACGACAGUUGCCAACAUGUACAAGCGGAGGAGGAGGACCUUGGCGGGUGGAAACCCCUUUUUGUUUGGGAAACGCGGAGAGGGAUAGUCUGAGACACCAGCAGAGAUAUAUCAUAACUCGCCGAUACUGAGCCGCCUCGCCGCCUCUUGUCUCAAAUCAUGUCUCCCUGAGUAGAAAACCCAUGUGUCGUCCACAUUGCUGUGCAGUUACAAAAGUGGUUGACAGGUCUUUGGGCCGA